AUGACUAUCACACCCGAUACGUCGACCGGAUACGUGCAUAACCUGACACCCAGUCAAGAGGCGAAACUGCGAGAGCUGUGGAUUCUUAUUUUCACCUGCGCAGCUUCUGUCCUUUCCACAGUCUACGAAGUGCCCCUCCCAGAGGGGUCGCCUAAUAAACUUUUCGAGAUCCUGGACAGAAUCAAAGAGACUACGGUUGAAGCUAUUCUUAAUGCAUUGAAAGAAGAAGACCAAAACGGGAAGCCGUCAAACAGUAAUGAUGCAGCUAAUACAAGCAGCGGAGACGGAAAUGGAGUGCAUAACGACGGUAAUGAAGAGCAGGAAUCGCUCGACAAAGUCAAUUCCCUCAUGAACAAAGACGCCCAGAAGAAUAUCUUGUCGAAAACCGCAACGAAAAAGAUUACGCCCCAGCACUUUGCCGCAAUCUUCGCCCAGCUCCGAAAAAUGGGUGUCCAUGAAUCAGAGAUCAAAUCCACGGAGAAUAUUCUAUCCAAGAUGGCACCCGAAGAACUUUGUUUUUCCAUCGUGAAGAUGAUAAAGCAAGAACAUCCUGAUAGUCUAUUACUCCGAUUCCUGCGCGCCAGAAAGUGGGACGUUGGCAAGGGCUUCACGAUGAUGGUUACCAAUUUUCUGUGGAGGAAAGAAGUGCAAGUUGACGAUGAUAUUCUUCCCAAGGGGGAAUUAUAUGCUCUUGAGCAAGCCCGUGACGAGAGCCUUACGGCGAAGCAGAAGAAAGAAGGCCGUGAUUUUAUUGAGCAACUUAAGACUGGGAAGAGCUUUUUGCAUGGCUUUGACAGGCAGGGAAGACCGGUGAAUUAUGUGCGAGUGAAGAUUCAUAAACCGGGGGCUCAGAGUGAGGAAGUAUUGGAGAGGUAUAUUGUGCAUGUCAUUGAGACAACGAGGCUUAUUGUUGUUCCUCCGAUUGAAACUGGCACGAUUGUGUUUGACAUGACAGGAUUCUCUUUGUCCAAUAUGGAAUAUCAACCAGUCAAAUUCAUCAUCAAAUGCUUCGAAGCCAACUACCCCGAAUCACUAGGCCAACUUCUCAUCCACAACGCACCCUGGAUUUUCUCCGGAAUAUGGAGACUCAUCCACGGCUGGAUGGACCCCGUCGUCGCCUCCAAAGUCCACUUCACCCGCUCAGUCAACGACCUCGACAAAUUUAUCACCAGAGACCAAAUCCCGCGCGAACUUGCUGGCGACGAAGACUGGGAAUACAAGUACAUCCAACCCAAAGAACAAGAAAACGAGAUCAUGCAGGAUACAGCCACACGAGACUCUCUCAUGUAUGAGCGUAUGAUGAUUGGUCUGCGGAUGUUGGCUGCUACUGCGGCUUGGGUCUCGGCGACUGAUUCUUCGGCGGGCAAAGAGCAUAUAGAUAAGGUGGAGGAAUUGAAGAUGCGGCGGAAUGGUGUUAUAGAGGAGUUUAGGUUGAAUUAUUGGAAGUUGGAUCCGUAUAUUCGGGCAAGGGCGUUGAUUGAUCGGGCUGGGGUUUUGAAGGGGGAUGGAACUGUUGUGGUACAGACUGGGGCUAAUAGUGAUGCUGAGUCUGGGUGA